AGAGAAACCGCUUCUGUCCAAAACCGGGUUUUGCAAAACCGUUCGGAGCCCAAUACCCGGUUUUCACCCAAACCGGUCUUCGAUUCUCUACAGUAUCUCGUCCUUUUCAGUCGCUUGUAUUCGUCUGCUUUACCUGAAUUAGAAGAGAGGGAGAGAGAGAGUAGAUUUCGUCUCACCUCAUUUUUCCCCAAAAUAGUUUUUAUUUCGCAUUUUUCCUCAAAAAUAUCCCAAUUUUCUCGGCGAUUUUCUCUUUUUUCCCAUCGAAAUCUCAGAAACCCACCUCGGGUCCGGCAAGAACUCGGAUUCCCAUCACGAUUUUUCGAUCGAAAUCGUGGGAAGAAUCGAUUUCUCCUGGCUGAAAUUCGAUCGGAAUUGAUUUUUCGGGAGCUUUUUGUUUGGAGCAUUUUUUAAAGAUUUAUAUUCGAUUCGAUUCGGCCUACCUGUUUGGAUUAUCCGAUCAAAAUCGAGAAAAGGGACGAUUUAUAUCAGAAAAUAUUCGAUUUUUUGGAUUCUGCGUUAUCGACUGAGAGACGUUUCUGCUGUAAUCUCAUCGGAAAUUGUUUUGUUUUUGGUGGAUUUCCCAAUUAUUUUCAAUUGGGUUCUGUGUAAAUCUACCUUCUGGUUUGGAUUUUCCCUUCAAAUUCACCAUAAAAAUUCGAUUUUUUUUUUUCAUUUUCCUUCUGCAAUCUGAUAUUUCUUCCGAUUUUCAGAUUACAGUCGUGUUUGGUCGGUUAGAAUUCAAAUACCCAUUUGGAUUUAUAGAUCAAAAGCGCGAAAAUUCAAUCCAGAGUGACCUUCUGUUGCUGUUAUUGGAUCAGAAAUCUUUUUUCCUUCUCCAAAUUAUAGUCACCGAUCGAUCGGUCGAAUACGAAUACCCAUUUGGAUUUUGAUUGGAAUGAUGAAAAGAUCGAUAUCUUCACUUCUGUAUUGCUGACUGAGGAAGCGAUCCUUGAAUAGUAGCAGGAAUCCGAUCCGUAGCUCUGGUUCUUUUCAGCAUGGCCAUGAAAUCGGCCACGUUGGAUCACUGGCGGGACUACUUCCGCGGUGCUGAUUCGGAUAUCUUCGAAGUAAUCGAGUAUGCUAUAGUAGUCGCGGCGUCGGAUUGCCCAAAGGAGUUCCGGAUGCGGCGUGACAGGAUUGCCGAGAAGCUGUUCUCGUGCCGGUUGACCCGUUGUUUUGGGUGUGACCGGGUCGAGCUGGCAGUCCCACAGGAGGAUGAGGAGGAAGAUGACGACCUGUUCGACGGUGCUGGUAAGGAUAGCAAGGUGAAUAGCAGCACGAAUGAUCAUGUGGAGCCGAUGGCGCAGCAUCGGAGAAGCAAUUACAGUUACGAUGAGGCUGAGGCAUUGACGGAGGAGAUUGAAGAGGAGAGUCAGAUUGUUGGGGAGGUUUUGAGGAUUAAAGAGGUCCUUGGCAACCAUCUAGAUGAGCCGGAUAGUGUAUUAUUUGAAUCAUUGAGGAGGCUUCAAUUGAUGGAGCUGUCUGUGGAAACUUUGAAGGCAACUGAAAUUGGAAAGGCUGUUAAUGGUCUGCGGAAGCAUGGAUCGAAGCAAAUACGUCACCUUGCUCGGACUCUCAUCGACGGAUGGAAAGAUUUGGUUGAUGCGUGGGUUAAUGCUGCAGCUGCUAUUGCAGGAGGAACACCAGAAUCAGUGAAUCCUUCUGUUGUGGAUGAGGAAGAAGGCCUCCCUUCUCCUCCGCUGGAUGAAGGGGCUUUCUUGGCUACUCAAACUACUUCAAUGGAGCUAUCUCAGUUCUUUGACGGCAUGGAUGAUGAUGGAAAUCCUCGAAACAGCAGGGAAUCUGACAAUAAUCAUGGAAAUGGAAGAAAACCCACGUCAGACAAUAGCAAUCCUAGGAGGAAGCAAAAGCCUCCAGAAGUGGCCAAUGUGCCUAUGGAGGAUAAGAUCCAAGUAAGGAAACAAGAAGCUGUUAUCCGGCAAAACAAGCCCAUGAAUGCUGAUGUGGGACCUGGGAGACCUCCUAAGAUGAGCUUGGAACAUAAAGCUAAUGGAGAUGUGAAGCUACAACAGCGACGGGAUCAAGUUGGGGUGCAAAGGAAGCCCCUCACCAGUCUACAAGAUAAAUCCAAGCAUUCAGAUGACCUAUUGGUUCGAGCAAAGCUUGAAGCUACGAAAAGGAGGCUUCAUGAAGGUUAUCAACAAGCUGAGAACGCUAAGAAGCAACGUACGAUACAGGUCAUGGAGUUGCAUGAUCUCCCAAAGCAGGGUCUUAGUCAUAGAAAUCCCUACUUGAAACCGGGGAACCACAACCGGCACUGGUCACAUGGGCGUCGCUAGUUUUGGUCUUCCAAACUCUCCUUUAACUGGCAGUUUCGUUCCCAUUUUAAGCGGAUAAUGGGAGGAAACUACCUUGAAGCCCACUGAUGUUGGUAACGGCAUUCGUCUACCCAAUCAAGCUGGACACUGAAAUUCAUCUAACAUGCGGCCCGCCACUGGAGGGAGGAGAGAUGACUGAUAUUUUUCAAUCGAAUCGGAUUGAAGGACCAGAGGACUCAAUUCUCACAAUGCCCGGAAUGGAUGACAUUCAGUUGCUGGUAAAAAAAAAUUGUAUGGUUUAUAGUCGAACUCAUCAGGAUUCAUGAUUGGUUGCUCAGACAAAUCCAUCAGAAACCUUGAUUUACACAAUCCCAUUCGAUCUUUUCAUAAUGGCCCACCAAACUCUAUUUACAUGAUCACAUAUAAUAUAGCACUGAUCAAGUGCAUUUACAUUUAUCAUUA